AUGGUGGCGGACGAGGGCGAGUGCUAUGCACGCGAGAAGGAGAGCGCGGUGGUGGACGACAUGGUCAAGCUCGCCUACCUUCACGAGCCUUGCGUGAUGCACAACCUCAUGCAGCGCUACCAGCGCAACCUCAUCUACACGUACACGGGCAGCAUCCUCACAGCAGCCAACCCCUUCAUGCGCCUGCCAGACAUCUAUGAUCGGGACAUGCGGGAUGCCUAUCGGGGCAAGCCGCUGGGCGAGCUCAGCCCCUACGUGUUUGCCAUUGCUGACAAUGCUUACAGGUGGGGUUGGAGGGGUGGUGGGGCGGGGGGAGUGGGUUGGGGGGUGGGGAGGGAGUGUGGUGCGAGAGCGAUGCGCGAGGAGCGGUGCAGCCAAUCGACUUUGAUCAGCGGGGAGAGCGGGGCGGGCAAGACAGAGACAACAAUGGUGGUGAUGGAAUACCUGGCGUCCGUGGGGGGGCAGGCUGAGAGCGAGGGGGAGCGCAGCAUUGAAAGCCAAGUGCUGGAGGUGAUGGAAAAAACAGGCUGA